CUAUAAGAAGCUUAUGGUAUGGCCAUGUUACGAUACACAUGGCUGUCAUUAACUUUCGGUCCAAGUCUUUUUCAGUUAUUAUGAGAUAUAAGUUUAAGAAGUCAAAGUCAUCCCAAGCUGCAUGCCUUAACUAGUUCCCUAAUAAUAAUCUCCUACCAUGCACUUGGCAAAUGGGGAAUGAUCAGAAAAAAGUUAUUGCUACCAAACAUUCAAGCUCCCAUUUCCAAUUUGGCCAUGUUGUUCGUUUGAUAUUCUUCAUUAUAGGUAUAUCAAUUGGAAUCUCAUUCAGUGUUUACUUCAAAAGCUUUGUUUUCUUAUUGAGGACCGGUUUACUAAAUUCAUUACCACAACCACCUAUAUUGCCACAACAACUUUCAGAAGGACCACAGCAGUCCUCAAAUCAACCGACGCUGCCGCUGCGCUCGCCUGUCGACGGCGAUGUUGAAUACAAUGUUAAGCCAAAUAUCUUGCAUAACAUGGAGGACAAUGAGUUGUUCUCCCGUGCUACAUUGGUUCCAAGGACUCUGCCAAAAAUUGCUUUCAUGUUCUUGACAAAAGGACCCAUACCUUUAGGGCCCCUUUGGGAAACCUUCUUCAAAGGACAUGAAGACCUAUAUAAUAUUUAUAUUCAUCGACAUCCUUCUUUCAUUGAUUCAACUCCUGAAAACUCUGUUUUCUACGGAAGAAUGAUCCCUAGCCAGCCCGUAGAAUGGGGAAAAUCAUCAAUGCUGGACGCAGAGAGAAGGCUUUUAGCAAAUGCCCUCUUGGAUACCACAAACGAGAGAUUUGUUUUAUUAUCUGAGAGUUGUAUUCCUUUAUUCAACUUCACUAAAAUUUACAGCUACCUCAUAAAUUCUAAGAAAAGCUUCACAGGCUCCUUCGACGAUCCCAGCAAAGUAGGCCGUGGCCGCUACAACCCCAAGAUGUCUCCUCAAAUUUCAUUAUCCGAUUGGCGAAAAGGAUCACAAUGGUUCGAGGUUAAUCGGAAGCUUGCCGUUGAUAUUGUCUCGGAUACAAAAUACUACCCCAUAUUCCAGGAACAUUGUAAUAUUCCGUGUUACAUGGACGAACAUUAUAUUUCGACGUUGAUAAACAUUAUUAGACCAGAAGAAAAUUCUAACAGAAGUGUUACUUGGGUUGAUUGGUCCAAGGUUGGUCCACACCCAGGAAGAUUUACCAGGAAUGAUGUCACAGCUGAGUUUCUCAACAAGAUAAGGUUUGGAAAUAACUGCACUUACAAUGGUGAAAACACCAAUGAGUGCUUUUUAUUUGCUAGGAAGUUCGUCCCCAACACUUUGCCACCUUUGUUGCAAUUUGUACCCUUACUGUUUAAUACUUCAAUACCAGUUUAAUAUUUUUGUUAUAUGAUUACUUUUUGUUUUUUUUAACUGAUUCCUUGUUUUACCCAACAAGUUUGCAAUAACAUUAAUUGUUGUGAUUUGUACUUUUA